AUGGAGGAAAACAGUACAUUUCUGACUGCUGAGUACAAUGACAGCACCACUGUUUGGGCACCGAUGCCCUCUGCUCCCAGCAGACAGCUGGGCACGCUCCCUAACCCACAGACUCGCUUCAAGGACCUGACAGGGAUAUUUUUCAUGGUGACCCUGAAUGUUCUGGCACUUCUGGCCAACACUGCUGUUCUGGUGGUUGUUAUAAAAGCCCCUCAUCUCAGGAAAUUCGCCUUUGUUUGCCACCUUUGCGCAGUGGACCUGCUGUGUGCCAUCCUGCUCAUGCCUCUGGGCAUCGUGUCCAGCUCUCCGUACUUCGCCGGAGUCGUGUUCACUGUGCUGGAGUGCCAGGUCUACAUCUUCCUCAACGUAAUCCUCAUCGCUGCCUCUAUCUUCACCAUCACAGCCAUCAGCGUGGAGCGGUAUUACUACAUUGUUCACCCCAUGCGCUAUGAGGUCAAGAUGACUCUGAAGCUGACUGCAGCGGUGAUGGUGAUGGUGUGGGUGGCGUCUGCCGUGCUGGGGUUGUCCACUGUGUUCGGAUGGCCGUCUUAUGGCAGCCUGAGCUCCAUCAGUGCCGCACACUGCUCGCUGCACUGGAGCCACAGUGACCACAGGCGUAUCUUCUCGGUGCUCUUCAGCGUCACCUGCUUCUGUCUGCCUGCUGUGGUGAUUUUUGCCGUCUACUGCAAUGUGUACAAGGUGGCCCGCGUGGCUGCCCGGCAGCACGGACCUCUGCCGUCCUGGACCAACAGUCAGCUGAAACAUCGGUCCGACUCCAUAAACAGCCAGACUACCAUCAUCACAACUCGUAACGCACCUCGCAGGAUUGUGCGUGACCGGCCUUUUGGAGGUGGUAAAGCUGCUCUCACUCUGGUGGUUAUCGUUGGCCAGUUUCUCGUCUGCUGGCUGCCUUACUUUGCCUUCCACCUCCAUUUGACAGUAGAUGUAACAGGCCAGAUCCCUGAUGACCUGGGGGAGGCGGUCACCUGGCUGGCAUACUCCUCCUUCGCUAUGAACCCAUUUUUCUAUGGGCUUCUGAACCGGCAGAUCAGGGAGGAGCUGUGUAAGCUGAGACGCUGCUACUCAGCUCGACCGAUGGAGCUGGCCGUCUCCAGCCACGAGGGCUCAGGCCACGAGAACUUCAUGCAGUUUCUCCACAGGACCAGCUGCACUUUAGAGACACGUGCAAGCUUUGCUGCAUCCAGUCCGAGAAGCACUUUGGAUCAAAGUGGGCAGCCUGGUUUCAGGAUACCGGGACAGAUCCCAGAAGAGUUCACUUAG